GUGUGGGGAAUAGUGAAUACAUUGGGAUGUAUUGUAUUAAUUAGCCUAAGUUUAUUAGCGGUUGUCAAAAUAAAAAUGUAUUACACACAUUAGCGAUGACUAAUUAAUUGGAAAACCAAGAAAAUGUUUAAUAUCUGGUGAUAAACAUGCAACUGGGAACAUCUUGGGAAGUGUUUCCAUGGUAACCAAAGACUGUAAAAACCAGAGAUUUACACUGCUUUAACCUGGAAAAAGGGGCCUGUCUUGGGAUUUAAGUUACCGCAGGAUUAAUACUCCCCUUCUGAACAGUGUGCAUUCUGGAAAGGAAAUUGACGUUUUAUACAUCAACGUUGCCAUAAAUUUGUGUUCAAUAUAAUCCCUUCAGAUAUAUUCAUGAAACUUACGGAAACAAAAAAAGAAGACAGGACAAAAUAUUGUGUUCAAUAAAAUCUGGUCAGAUAUAAAUCGUACGGAAAAAAAGACGUACGGGUAAAAAGUAAUACGGAAAAAAAAAGUUGAACGGAAAAAAAGUUGUACAAGCCAAACUUCGAGACUGAAGUAAAAGGGUUUAAAUUGUAUUGGUUAAAUUAAGAGUCAUUUAUUACUGUGAUAGUUAGAAAGUACUUCCAUAGGGUAAAUACAUUAUUUUAAUCUGUGAUAAAGUUUAACAUUCCUCUUUUUGUUGACAUUUUCAUUCACUGUUGAAUGUUACAUGUUAGGAGAAUUGUGUUCAACUCAGAAAAAGUGCUUAAUUGGAUAUAAAUAGACAAAACUUUAACUGUUGGAAUUAAAUGAGCUUGAACUAAUGACUUUUCAAAGGAAACCUUGUAAUUGGUUGAUAUAAAUAGACUGUGAAUAGUUUGAACUGUGAUUGGUGGAUUUAAAAUAAAGAGACAACAUCCGAUUGGUGGAUAUAAAUAGACUGCAAUUACAGACACCCUGUGAUUGGUUGAUAUAAAUAGACAGUCUGUGAUUGGUUUAUAUAAUGGCCAUGGGAAUGAUUUGCUUUAAUUGUUGCAUCACAGAACAACCACAGCCGCGGCGGAGACGUAUUGAUAGAAGUAUGAUUGGAGAGCCAACGGAUUUCCGACAUACGGCGCAUGUUGGUUCAUCGGACAUAACUUCACGGGGAUCAUCCAAUAGUCUGUCAAGCUUACAGGGUCAGAUGUCAUCUAAGGGCAAUAGCGUUGAGACUAGCAGCAACGCCAUCCAUCUUAAUGUUAUAGAUUUACCACAACGUAGAAACAUAUAG